GCCAAGAACGUGGCAACGCGUUUUCAAAUUUUUCACUUUCGGUUUAAAGUCCCGCUAUGAGAAUGUCUCUCUUUAUAUGACCUCUUGCAGUAUCCCGUUGGCGGUCAAGGCAGAAUAAAAAGAUAUUCUUGAUAACAUUUUAAAAUAACAAUAAAAAGCGAAUUUUCGUUGGUUUAAUUUAAAUUGAAGUACACUGCUAAAACACAUUAUGAAGUCACCCACAAUCAAUUUAAAUGUCGGCAAAAGUACUUUACCUAUGCCUAUUCUUGGCUAUGGUACCUGGCAAGCUACAGACAAGGAGUUGGCCGAUGCUGUGGAAGCUGCACUUGAAGCUGGAUACAGGCAUAUCGAUACAGCCCAUGUGUAUGAAAAUGAAAAAGUAAUCGGAGACAUUUUGAAGAAAUGGUUUGAUGCUGGAAAACUUAAACGUGAGGACAUUUUCCUAGUAACAAAACUGCCUCCAGGUGGAAUGCGUCCGGAAGGAGUGCGAAAAUACAUUAGGAGAUCUUUGGAUUUGCUUCAAUUAGACUACGUGGAUCUUUACUUGGUGCAUACCCCGUUUGGAUUUAAGGAUGUUGAGGGAGAUUUGCACCCCACGACCCCCGAAGGAAACAUUGAUUUAGACUUGACUACCGAUCAUCUAGCGAUCUGGAAGGCAAUGGAAGAACAAGUCGAUAAGGGCCUUGCCAAGUCUAUUGGUCUCUCAAACUUUAACAUCUGCCAAAUCAGCAGGAUCCUGAAGAACGCUAGAAUUCCACCAUCUUCCCUGCAGAUCGAAUUGAAUGCGUACUUUCAGCAAAAUGAGUUGGUCGAUUUUUGUAAAAAGAACAACAUUGUUGUUACGGCCUAUUCUCCUUUAGGUAAUCCCGGACUGAAGAAGCUUUUCGAUAAACUUGGCAAGCAAAUCGAAUUGCCAAAUAUACUGAAUAAUCCUACGGUGGAAAGACUUGCAAAGAAACACAAUAAAUCAAAUGCACAGAUUCUGCUGAGACAUCUGGUGCAAAAAGGAAUUAGCACUAUUCCAAAAUCUACCAAUCCUGCACGACUUAGGCAAAACUUGGACAUUUUUAAUUUUAAAUUAGACGAACAGGACUUAGUGGAUAUGAAUGGUUUGGAUACUGGGGCACGAUUACUAGAUUUCCUUAUAUUUAAUGGGAUUAAAAAUCAUCCAGAAUACCCUUUCAACGAGUAGACAUGGAAAAGUUUUCGGAUUCGCAUGCAUCUGAACCAUCGGCUGACUGCGGAGACAAAUUUCCGUGCCAAAUACUGGAAUUGUUAGAGAUAGUUAUAUAAAUUUGUACUAAUAUCAUGUAAAUGUAUCUUUUGUAACAAAUUCCAGUAAAUAUUAUCCUAAACAGC